GACGACGUCGAAAUGAAGGCUGAUGACAGUUCAGCAGCAUCAGCCACAUCAAAGGAAGAGCGAAAUCACGAACAGCCUGCGGAGAAAAAGAAGAAAGGACACAAGGAUGUUUCUAAGGAAGGCCGUAAGAAAGGCCAUAGGUCAUCAAAGAAAAAAUCGAAAAGUAGCAGUUCAGAAAAGAAACGGAAGGGGAGACGCUCCAAGCAUAAGUCAAGUAAGUCUAAACGCGCUACGAGCAGCAAAGAUAAGAGUAAAGAGUCCAAGGGGAAGGUGUCCGGCAAACCGAAGAGCAAAAGGCCGCGAAAGCAGCAUAGCUCUGAAGGGCGUAAAACGUCAAGUUCUGCAUCGACCCGGAAGAAGAAGAAAACGAGCGUCUUCAAGAAGAUCUACCGCAAACUGACGGGUUCUAAAAAGAGGAAGGCCAAAAAGAGGAAAACGAGAAAAAAGACCAGAGACCGUACUUCAUCUAAAAAGAAGGCGGAGAGCCCUCAGCGGAAGACUAAAGAAGAGGCCAAAGAUAAAGCCCAGACUGAGGUGAAAGAAGAACACAAAGAAAAUGUCAAAGUCGAAUCUCCCAAAGAAGACGCUGGAGGUACCGCACAGGCGCUUCCUGAAGCACAAGAAGGUAUAGUUGCAAAGGCAGAAGAUGAAAGCGCCAAGACUAUGUCUGCAAAGCCUCAUGAGAAAGUAGGCGACGUGGAGGGUGCUGGUGCUGCAGCAGGUGAGACGGCGCCAAGUGCGAAACUGAUGGAGCCAAGCGGAAGUGCACAAGCGAAAGACGAACCACAUACGUCGGUUGAAGCUGCGACAAAACAAGACCAAACACAGGAAGGACAAAGGAAGACGGAGUCGUCAGAAAACCAGAUUAAGCCCGAGCGGAUACCAAUUAAGGAUGAGAAGAAAGGUUCUUAUAAAGAGACGACGUCUUUCGAGUGUCCGGAGGUGGGUUCCACGAGAUCGUCAGUCACUGUAGCGGCUCACAUAGGUUUCCACAGAACUAGAAUCCUGUGGUUGUGUACGGCAUUUUUGGCGUAAUAUCUCGACAUGACUAAAACAUAUAUUCGGGUUACCUUAUAGUAUAGUUGAAAUCAGCGAAAAAAACAAAAAAAAAAAAAAACACACACACAGCGACUGAGGUAAAGACACGUACAACUGGUCGAGACACAUACAGGUCCCGACAAAAGUUAACGAACACCGGGGUGCUGUAUGCCGUCAUCGUUCGUGAGGGGGGAGCUUCGUUGUCGAAGCGUGUAAUUGGGGAGGGGAGAGGAAGAAAACUAAUGUGUAACCUAGCGUGUGUUUUUUUGUUGUUUUUUUUUUUUUUGGGGGGGGGGCAUCGCCCCCUCCCCUCGCCGCUUGGAUCCGCCACUGCAUCGGAGUUGCAGCAAACGGAAGCAGAUAGACCUAGACAGGUUACUGGGUAUACCAUACACCUCUCAGUAAAUGUGCCCAAUCCCGUUCGUCGCUAGGGUGUCGCUCUGACGAAGAAAUACGUCCCAGUUGUGUUCUGCAAACAAUUGUCGGGAUCUAUACGAAUAAACCUCGGCUUUACGCCGGCUGCACACCACCGUGUUUGUAGUUCCGUUUGCUUCAAAAAAUACAACCUGAUGGCAGUCGAGUUCCGUAGAUUCCAAGAAUUCCGCUAAAAACCACAGAUUUAUCAACAUCCGCACUUUUCCGCGGAAUG